AUGUCCGAACCAAAGGGUGACAUCGGUCUUAUUGGAUUGGCCGUAAUGGGUCAAAACCUUAUCCUAAACGCCGCUGACCACGGUUACACGGUUGUUGCUUAUAACAGAACCGUUUCCAAGGUGGACCAUUUCAUGGCCAACGAAGCCAAGGGUAAGUCGAUCAUUGGCGCUCAUUCCGUCAAGGAGCUCAUUGAAAACUUGAAGAGACCCAGAAGAAUCAUUCUUUUGGUGAAGGCCGGUCCAGCUGUCGACGCGUUCAUUGAGCAAUUGUUGCCAUACUUGGAUAAAGGGGACAUCAUCAUCGACGGUGGUAACUCGCAUUUCCCCGACUCCAACCGUCGUUACGAAGAACUCAAGCAAAAGGGUAUCAGCUUCGUCGGUUCUGGUGUCUCUGGUGGUGAAGAAGGUGCUCGUUACGGACCUUCUUUGAUGCCAGGUGGUGCUGAAGAGGCUUGGCCUCACAUCAAGGAGAUUUUCCAAGCGAUCUCCGCCAAGAGCGACGGCGAACCUUGUUGCGACUGGGUUGGCCCCGCGGGAUCUGGUCACUACGUCAAGAUGGUGCACAACGGUAUUGAAUACGGUGACAUGCAACUCAUUUGUGAGGCGUACGAUAUCUUGAAGAGAGUUGGUGGAUUCAACGACAAAGAAAUUAGCGAAGUUUUUACCAAAUGGAACAAAGGUGUUCUAGAUUCGUUCUUGAUCGAAAUCACCAGGGACAUUUUGAAGUACGACGACAAGGACGGUACUCCACUUGUCGAAAAGAUCUUGGACUCUGCCGGACAAAAGGGUACCGGUAAGUGGACCGCUAUCAAUGCGUUGGAUCUAGGUAUGCCUGUCACUUUGAUCGGUGAAGCCGUUUUCGCUCGUUGUUUGUCUUCCUUAAAAUCUGAAAGAAGAGAUGCUUCCAAGAUUUUACCAGGUCCACAAAUUCCAAAAGACGCUAUCAAGGACAGACAACAAUUUGUUGACGACUUAGAACAAGCUUUGUAUGCGUCCAAGAUCAUCUCUUAUGCCCAAGGUUUCAUGUUGAUUCGUGAAGCCGGUAAGACUUACAACUGGAAAUUGAACAACCCUGCUAUCGCUUUGAUGUGGAGAGGUGGCUGUAUCAUCAGAUCCGUGUUUUUGGCCGAAAUUACCAAGGCUUACAGAGAAAAGCCAGACUUGGAGAACCUUUUGUUCCACAAGUUCUUCUCUGAUGCUAUCUCCAAGGCUCAAUCCGGAUGGAGAAAGUCUAUUGGUUUGGCCACAUCUUUCGGUAUCCCAACCCCAGCUUUCUCUACUGCUUUGGCCUUCUACGACGGUUACAGAUCUGAGAGAUUGCCUGCUAACCUAUUGCAAGCUCAACGUGACUACUUUGGUGCUCACACUUUCAGAGUCUUGCCAGAGGCUGCUGACGAACACCUUCCAGAAGGUCAAGACAUUCAUAUCAACUGGACCGGUAAGGGUGGUAACGUUUCUGCUUCUACUUAUCAAGCUUAA